UCCAGUCGCUGUUCUUUUUGCCUGGCUCUAGCGGGCUGCUUUCGCUAUCCAAUGUCCACCCGGAGCGGAGAGGAGGAGCCUGCGUAGUUUGCGUGUUAAGAGGAGGGGGAGCGGGUCCGAACCCGUGCCAUUUGACCCGUCAGUCGGUGUGUGAGAAGAAAAGGAAGGAGAAGGAGGUCCGGAGGAGCGAUUGCGGAGAUGUUCCGGUGUGGAGGCCUGGCGGGUGCUUUCAAGCAGAAACUGAUGCCCUUGGUGCGGACAGUGUGCGUCCGGAGCCCAAGGCAGAGGAACCUGCUUCCAGGCAACUUGUUCCAGCGAUGGUGCAAUCCACUAGACCUCCAGAUGACAAGACACAUGGCUAGCUCUGGUUCAUCAGGGGGCAAAAUCGAUAAUUCUGUAUUAGUCCUUUUUGUGGGCUUAUCAACAAUAGGAGCUGGUGCAUAUGCCUACAAGACCAUAAAAGAUGACCAAAAAAGAUACAAUGAAAGGAUGUCGGGGUUAGGGCUGACACCAGAAGAGAAACGAGCCAUAGCAUCUGCUGCAGAAGGAGGGCCAGCUCCUCAAGUCAGAGCACCAAGUCAUGUUCCUUUCCUAUUGAUCGGUGGAGGCACUGCUGCUUUUGCUGCAGCCAGAUCCAUCCGGGCUCGAGAUCCUGGGGCCAGGGUACUGAUUGUAUCUGAAGAUCCUGAGCUGCCGUACAUGCGACCUCCUCUUUCAAAAGAACUGUGGUUUUCCGAUGAUCCAAAUGUCACAAAGACACUACGAUUUAGACAGUGGAAUGGAAAAGAGAGAAGCAUAUAUUUCCAGCCACCUUCUUUCUACGUCUCUGCUCAGGACCUGCCUCACAUUGAGAAUGGUGGCGUGGCUGUCCUCAGUGGAAAGAAGGUAGUACACCUGGAUGUGAGAGGCAACAUGGUGAAACUUAAUGAUGGUUCUCAGAUAACCUAUGAGAAAUGCUUGAUUGCAACAGGAGGGACACCAAGAAAUCUGUCUGCCAUCGAUAGGGCUGGAGCAGAGGUGAAGAGCAGAACAACACUUUUCAGAAAGAUUGGAGACUUUAGAGCCUUGGAGAAGAUCUCACGAGAAGUCAAGUCUAUUACAGUUAUUGGUGGGGGCUUCCUUGGGAGCGAAUUGGCCUGCGCUCUUGGCAGAAAGUCUCAAGCCUUGGGCACAGAAGUGAUUCAACUCUUCCCUGAGAAAGGGAAUAUGGGGAAGAUCCUCCCUGAAUACCUCAGCAACUGGACCAUGGAAAAAGUCAGACGAGAGGGGGUGAAGGUUAUGCCCAAUGCAAUUGUGCAAUCAGUUGGAGUCAGCGGUGGCAAGUUACUCAUCAAGCUGAAAGAUGGCAGGAAGGUAGAAACAGACCACAUAGUGGCAGCUGUUGGCCUAGAGCCCAAUGUUGAGUUGGCCAAGACUGGUGGACUGGAAAUAGACUCAGAUUUUGGUGGUUUCCGGGUAAAUGCAGAGCUACAAGCACGCUCUAACAUCUGGGUGGCAGGAGAUGCUGCAUGCUUCUACGAUAUAAAGUUGGGUCGACGGCGAGUAGAGCACCAUGAUCACGCGGUCGUGAGUGGAAGGCUGGCUGGAGAAAAUAUGACUGGAGCUGCUAAGCCAUACUGGCAUCAGUCAAUGUUCUGGAGUGAUUUGGGUCCUGAUGUUGGCUAUGAAGCUAUUGGACUUGUAGACAGUAGUUUACCCACAGUUGGGGUGUUUGCAAGAGCGACUGAACUAGACAACCCAAAAUCUGCCACGGAGCAGUCAGGGACCGGAAUUCGCUCAGAGAGUGAGACAGAGUCAGAGGCCUCUGAAAUCGCCAUUCCUCCAAGCACCCCUGCCGUCCCACAGGCCCCUGUCGAAGGGGAGGACUACGGCAAAGGCGUUAUCUUCUACCUCAGGGACAAAGUGGUAGUGGGGAUUGUGCUGUGGAACAUCUUUAACCGAAUGCCAAUCGCCAGGAAGAUCAUUAAGGAUGGUGAACAGCAUGAAGACCUCAAUGAAGUAGCCAAACUCUUCAACAUUCAUGAAGAUUGAAGCCCCACGGUAGAAUCUGCAAGCACUUCUCCAUCCCUGACUGUGGGUUGGAUGGGUAAAAGGACAUUUUUUUUACUCAAAGAAAUUUCACGUUGGGUAGGAGCACCAACAACUUAGUUCAUUGUGAAUAUUUUCAGCCAUAUAGGUGAAUUCCUAAGGAACAUAAUGAAAUAAAGUCUGAUUCUUUUAAA